AUGGAGGCGAGUCACCCUUUCAAAAGAAUCGCGGAGAAGCCCGUAGGCAAGAAACCACCCGCGAGGUCAUAUCGUCAGCUGGUGAACAGUGAUUAUCAGUACCAAUGGCCUGAAGGCACAGUUCUAUAUCAGCAACUAGAGGCUCCUCCAAGCCUUCGACCCCAAUUAAAGGUCUCCGACCUCACUGGUAUUCCAACAAGCUUGAAGGACCCCAGGACAACUCUGCGUUAUGUUUCAGUUGAAGAAUACAGGAGAAUUAAGGAUUUGCCACAAGACAUUGUUAAAGGCUACUUAUACAUCAGGAAUGCCGCUACAAAUAAUAUUAUUUGA